AGUAAGGCCUUCGAUAAGGUCCUCCAUGACCUUCUGGCAAACAAACUAGUCCAAUGUGGGCUAGGCAAAACUACGGUUAGGUGGAUCUGUAAUUGCUUAAAUGGACCCCAGAGGGUGAUUCUCCCCACUUCUUCCUCUUCAUCCUGGAAAGAAGUGACGAGCGGAGUGCCACAAGCAGGGUUCCGUCCUGGGCCCGGUCCUGUUCAACAUCUUUAUUAAUGACUUAGAUGAAGGGCUAGAAGGCAGGAUCAUCAAGUUUGCAGAGGACACCAAAUUGGGAGGGAUAGCCAAUACUCCAGAGGACAGGAGCAGGAUUCAAAACAAUCUUGGCAGGUUAGAGAGAUGGGCCAAAACUAAUAAAAUGAAGUUCAACAGUGACAAAUGCAAGAUACUCCACUUAGGCAGAAAAAAAUGAAAUGCAAAGAUACAGAAUGGAGGACAAUGCCUGGCUCGAGAGCAGUACGUGUGAAAAAGAUCUUGGAGUCCUCGUGGACAAGAAGUUAAACAUGAGCCAACAACGUGAUGUGGCGGCAAAAAAACCAAUGGGAUUUUGGCCUGCCUCAAUAGGAGCAUAGUGUCUAGAUCUAGGGACGUCAUGCUACCCCUCUAUUCUACCUUGGUUAGACAACACUUGGAAUAUGGUGUCCAAUUCUCGGCACCACAAUGAAGCCAACCUGUAAAAUACUUCAGGCUUUCUACUAUCACUGCCUUGCUCUCUUCACAAAGCUUGUACUAGAUCCAUGGGUGGUGCCUCCAGAGCAUGGUUUUAAGCUAAUCAAGGUAGUUCUGAACCCACUGAUCUCAGAGCAUCUGAGCCUGGUUUGCAAUUGUAAUGCAUUGAAACUGUAGUAACUGAACUCUGGCAUCUUGCAGUUUCAUGAGUUGUGCCAAGUUUCUGGAGAACAGAAACUGAAGAAUAGAAACUGAAAGAACAGGAAGCUCUGUCCAGGGGAAAAACAGUGGGCAAGACAGCACCUUGAAUCUACACCGGAGAACAAAGAGAGGAGCUCCUGCCUUACAUUGGUUAGCUUUGUGAUUUAAUUCCAGCAGUCAACAUGCAUGGGUGGAAACUGGAAGCCAAUGAAUUUUUGAGCAACUUCAGACCCUCAGGACGCCCAGAAGUCACUUAUCUCCUAUAUGAAAUUCAGUGGGGAAGAAGUCGCAGAAUAUGGAGGAACUGGUGUAGAAACAGCCACCCCAAACAUGCUGAAAUCGUCUUUUUGGAAGAUGAGGAGAUACACGACCGACCAGACAUCACAUGCAAUAUCACUUGGUUUCUGCCUUGGACACCCUGUGGUGCAUGUGCCUAUCGUAUCAUUGAAUUCUUGGAGGAAAGUCCCAAUGUGAACCUGGAAAUACUAGCUGCGGAGGUGUACAGGCCUUAUGACCCACGCAAUCAGGAAGGCCUCAGAGACUUAGCUGAUGUUGAAGUCGAGAUAUCUAUAAUGAAGUUCUCUGAUUACCAAUAUUGUUGGGAGAAAUUUGUGGAUCACCAGGGGAUGAAUUUCAGAGCAAGGAGGGGUUUCUCAAAUCAGAGAUGGCUCGAUUCCCAGCAGCUUCACUCAAUCCUCAAUCCAUUCUGAAUUGUCCCGGGUUGCCAAGAACAUCCACAGCAUUUCACUGUGAUUUCCUUUUACAAGCAGAAUCUGCUGUUUCCUAUCUUGAUGCAAUGGAGAAAUCCCUACACAGAUAUAUGCUUUGUGGUUGCAAAUAUAACUGCUUCUUAAAAAUUAUACUGCACUGUUUAUCAUUAAACCAACACAGCUGUUUGCAUUAAUUUUUCAAAAAAACUCAAUUUGUUCCUUUGGUCUCUUAAUUUUUUCACACACAUUAGUAAAGGUAAAGGUUUUCCCUGA